UUGAAACCUGUGCCAGCAGACAGCGUGUGUUGUGUAAUGAAGUUAUAGAUAUGUGGUAAUAAACAUUAGAACGAAACAUGGGAAAAAAGAAUAGAAAUAGUAGCAGCCUAGGGAGGGCUUUAAUCAGGGAUAGAUUUGGCUCUUCGCAGAGGAGCAGGAAAGGUGCGGACUCGUUGUUGCAUACUGCCGACAUCAAUGAUGGUUAUGACUGGGGAAGGCUUAAUCUUCAGUCUGUCACGGAAGAGAGUUCGUUUCAAGAAUUCCUGUCUACUGCAGAGCUUGCUGGAACUGAAUUUCAGGCAGAAAAGUUGAAUAUAAAAUUUGUGGACCCAAAGGCCACAGUUGGACUUUUGACUGAUGAGGAGAAAAGGAAAAUAAGAGAGACCCAGGAGAAGAACAAACACUUGGUGGGAAUUCCAAGAAGGCCGCCGUGGGACGAGACGACGACGGCGGAGGAGCUGCAGGCGAGGGAGCGCGAGGCGUUCCUGGAGUGGCGGCGGCGGCUGGCGACGCUGCAGGAGGCGGAGGGGCUGGUGCUGACGCCAUACGAGAAGAACCUCGAGUUCUGGCGCCAGCUCUGGAGGGUCGUCGAGAGGAGUGACGUGGUGGUGCAGAUCCUGGACGCGCGCAACCCGCUGCUGUACCGGUGUGGCGACCUGGAGCGCUACGUGUCGGAGCAGGCGGCCGGCCGCAAGCUGAACGUGCUGCUGCUGAACAAGGCGGACCUGCUGCAGCCGCGCCAGCGCGCCGCCUGGGGGCGCCACUUCCGCCGCCGGGGCGUCCUCGCCGCCUUCUUCUCGGCCACCGGAGCGAGUGAAGAGCAGUCGGCGAAAGAGGACGUGUCGGAAGACGACGGGGACCACAGUGGAGAGGAAGGAGAAGAGAGUGACGGUGCCGGAGACAGUGACGGAGACAGCGACGAGGAGUACGCGACUGCGGGCGAGGACGAGGACGAGGACGAGGACUCCGAGGCAGACGGCUCGUGGGAGGACGCGUCGGACGGCGAGAGCCGAGGGGCGACGCCGGCAUCUGCUGAAGAAGUGUCAGCCGAGGGCAGACCGUCGUCGUCCGACGGUGACAGCUGUGGGAAGCUGCUGAACUGCGAAGAGCUGGUGGCGCUCCUGCAGGGGGCGUACCGCGGGCGCGAGACGGUGCUGCCGGGUGUCACCACGGUGGGGCUCGUGGGCUACCCCAACGUGGGCAAGAGCUCCACCAUCAAUGCACUGCUGGGCCACAAGAAGGUGUCCGUGUCCGCCACGCCGGGCAAGACGAAGCACUUCCAGACGCUGUUCUUGACGAAGGAGCUGAUGCUGUGCGACUGCCCCGGGCUGGUGAUGCCUAGCUUCGCGCUGAGCAAGGCGGAGAUGGUGUGUUGGGGCGUGCUGCCCGUGGACCAGAUGCGAGACUGCGUACCGCCCGUCGCGCUCGUCGCCAGCCUGGUCCCCCGACGGGUGCUGGAGGGCACCUACGGCUUCCUGCUGCCGCCCCCGCGCGAGGGAGAGGAUCCGGAUCGACCGCCUUCUGCCCGUGAGCUGCUGGAUGCCCACGGCUACUGUCGCGGCUUCAUGACGCAGAACGGGCAGCCCGACAACCCGCGCUCGGCGCGCUACAUCCUGAAGGACUUCAUCUCGGGGAAGCUGCUGUACUGCUGCGCCCCGCCAGGCGUGGACCAGGCCGAGUACCACACGUGGACCCUGGAGGGCAGCCGCCGCCGGCGCACCCGACAGGACACGCCGCUCAGCCGCAGGAUCCUCAAGCCAAACCGGGUGACAGCAGAGGAUCUGGACAGGCAGUUCUUCCGGCAGGUGUCUGUAGGCGUCCACAGCCGCGGCCCUGCCAAGCUGGGGGCUCAGCCAGCAGGGGGCGGGGCCGGAGGUUCGGGUGAGGGCACCAGUGGUGCUCCCGCAAAGCCCUGGAAGAACCACAAGGAGAAGAGGAACAGGCGCGAGAAGCUGAGGCGGCUGUACGCACACCUGGACCAGUGAGGACUCUGCUGCCGCCGUCUGGUCGGGCUUCCUGCCCCACCUCAGUCUGAGGGCAACUUUCAUUUCUAAACAGAAUACACUAUUUUUGAUGUGAGAUUUUUGGAAGAAUAAAUGCAAUAACAUUGUUCA